AUGCUUCGUAAACUCACCCUUGACCAGAUCAACGACUGGUUCACCAUCGGCAAGACCGUGACGAAUGUGGAACUGCUGGGCUCGCCGCCUGCUUUCCCGGUCGAGGCGGCCCGGGAGGAGGCGCAGCGCAAAGACGCGGCCCCGGGCGCGAGCUCCGCGGCCCAGGCUCAGGCCCAGGCCCAGGCCCAGGCCCCGGCUCUGGUUCUGGCCCCGGCCCCAGCCCCAGUUCCCGCUCCGGCGCGGCCGGCAGCGGCGUUCGGGAGGUCACUCAGCCAAAGGACCUCGGAAAUGGAGUAUAUUAACAAAUACAGACAGCUGGAAGCACAAGAAUUUGAUUUGUAUGGCAGUGACCAACCAAACAGUGGGCCAGGUCCAAGGCCAACUUUGGCUAAAUUAAGCAAUAUGACGUGUGUCCCAGAGACUACUUAUAAGUAUCCUGAUUUGCCUAUAAAUCGAUGUAAGGAAGAGGUGAUUUCCCUGAUAGAGAGCAACUCUGUGGUGAUUAUUCAUGGCGCCACAGGGAGUGGCAAGAGCACGCAGCUCCCCCAGUGCGUCCUGGACCAUCACAUGCAGCGCUCUGCCUACUGCAACAUUGUGGUUACCCAGCCACGCAAGAUCGGGGCCAGCAGCAUUGCCAGGUGGAUCAGCAGGGAGCGGGCGUGGACCCUGGGGGGCCUGGUGGGCUAUCAGGUAGGGCUAGAGAAAAUAGCAACGGAGGACACUAAGUUAAUUUAUAUGACAACUGGAGUCCUGCUUCAGAAAAUAGUUAGUGCCAAGAGUUUGAUGGAAUUCACACACAUUUUCAUCGAUGAAGUACAUGAGCGAACUGAAGAAAUGGAUUUCCUGCUGUUGGUAGUCCGCAAACUUUUAAGAACAAAUUCUCGUUUUGUGAAGGUUGUCCUCAUGUCGGCCACCAUCAACUGUAAGGAGUUUGCGGACUACUUUGCUGUCCCUGUGCAGAACAAGAUGAACCCUGCAUAUGUGUUCGAGGUGGAGGGCAAACCCCACUCCAUCGAGGAGCACUACCUGGAGGAUCUGGGGCACAUCCACCACUGCAGGCUCUCUCCUCAUCUCCUGGAGGAACCGGUGAUAACUAAGGAUAUAUAUGAAGUUGCCGUCUCUCUAAUUCAGAUGUUUGAUGACUUGGAUAUGAAAGAGAGCGGGUGAGAGACACACUCUAGUCUGGGUGAAAUAAACUAUAUGCAUGAACUUCUCACAAACAUGGUUCACAGAAGAUUACAGGUCUAUCCGCUCCAUUCAAGUGUGACUUUAGAAGAACAGAAUAAUGUAUUUUUGAGUCCAGUUCCUGGGUACAGAAAGAUCAUUCUGUCCACCAACAUUGCAGAGAGUUCUGUCACAGUUCCAGAUGUCAAGUAUGUUAUAGAUUUUUGUUUGACUAGAACUCUGGUUUGUGAUGAAGAUACAAAUUAUCAGAGUCUGCGAUUGAGUUGGGCCUCUAAAACCAGUUGUAACCAGAGAAAAGGCCGUGCUGGACGAGUGUCCCGAGGGUACUGCUACAGACUGAUCCACAGGGACUUCUGGGACAACUCCAUCCCUGAUCAUGUUGUUCCUGAGAUGCUGCGCUGUCCUUUGGGAAGCACAGUCUUGAAGGUGAAAUUACUUGACAUGGGUGAACCAAGAGCUCUGCUGGCGACUGCCCUCUCCCCUCCCCGUCUGAGUGACAUUGAGCGCACGAUACUCCUGCUGAAGGAGGUUGGAGCACUUGCAGUCAGUGGACAGAGAGAAGAGGAAAAUCCCCACGAUGGGGAGCUGACCUUCCUGGGGAGAGUCUUAGCCCAGCUCCCUGUCAGUCAGCAGCUCGGCAAGCUCAUCGUCCUUGGACAUGUGUUUGGGUGUCUAGAUGAAUGUCUGAUCAUAGCGGCAGCUCUUUCUUUGAAGAAUUUUUUUGCAAUGCCUUUUCGGCAGCAUCUGGAUGGAUACAGGAACAAAGUGAAUUUCUCUGGCAAUAGUAAGAGUGACUGUAUUGCGUUGGUUGAGGCAUUUAAAACGUGGCAGGCCUGCAGGCAUCGAGGAGAGCUGCGGCACCCAAAGGAUGAACUUGACUGGGGACGGUUAAAUUACAUUCAAAUCAAGAGAAUUAGAGAGGUGGCUGAAUUGUAUGAAGAACUGAAGAAUAGAAUCUCACAGUUCAAUAUGUAUGUGGAUUCUCGGCGACCUGUCAUGGACCAGGAAUAUGGAUAUAAGCAGCGGUUCAUCCUACAGGUUGUAUUGGCUGGUGCUUUUUAUCCAAAUUACUUCACUUUUGGGCAGCCUGACGAGGAGAUGGCUGUACGGGAGCUGGCUGGCAAAGACCCAAAGACAACCAUUGUGCUGAAGCACAUCCCGCCCUACGGCUUCCUCUACCACAAGCAGCUGCAGUCCCUCUUCAGACAGUGUGGGCAGGUGCGCUCCAUCGUGUUUGAUGGUGCCAAAGCCUUUGUGGAGUUCUCACGUAAUCCAACAGAGAGAUUCAAGACCCUCCCUGCAGUGUACAUGGCCAUAAAGAUGUCUCAGCUGAAGGUCUCCCUAGAGCUCAGCGUGCACUCUGCGGAGGAGAUCGAGGGGAAAGUGCAGGCAGGGAGCGUGUCCAAGCUCCGCAGUACGAGGGUGAAUGUGGACUUCCAGAAGCAGACAGUGGACCCCAUGCAAGUCUCGUUCAACACAUGUGACAGGUCCCAGACGGUCACGGAUCUCCUGCUAACUGUUGACGUCACCGAGGUGGUUGAAGUAGGACACUUUUGGGGCUAUAGGAUUGAUGAAAAAAAUGCAGAGAUUCUGAAAAAGCUUACUGCCGAAAUAAACCAACUGAACUUGGCCCCCUUGCCCAGUCACCCACACCCAGACUUGGUCUGUUUGGCACCCUUUGCUGAUUUUGAUAAAGAAAGCUACUUCAGAGCUCAAAUUCUUUAUGUUUCUGGAAAUUCUGCUGAGGUAUUCUUUGUAGAUUAUGGUAACAGGUCUCAUGUAGAUCUGGAUCUUUUACGGGAGAUUCCCUGUCAGUUUCUUGAACUUCCCUUUCAGGCUUUGGAAUUUAAGAUUUGCAAAAUGAGGCCAUCGGCCAGGUCUCUGGUCUGUGGGGAGCACUGGAGUGGCCCGGCCAGCCGGCGGUUCGCCUCCCUGGUGAGCGGCUGCGCGCUCCUGGUCAAGGUCUUCUCAGUGGUGCACAGUGUACUGCACGUGGAUGUGUACCGCUACUCACGGGUCCAGGACGCCAUCAACCUCAGAGACGUGCUCAUCAAGGAGGGCCAUGCUGAGCUCAUGGAGGAGUCCUACGAGUCCAAACAAAAUCAUGAAGUUCUCAAAGGCCUCUUCUCCAAAUCGGUAGAAAACUUGGCGGAGGGAUCUGUGCCGUCUCCUGUGAAGGACGAAGAGAAGCAGCUGCUGCGGAUUCUGUUAGAGAGCUUUUCUUCCAAUAGACUGGGGACUCCGAACUGCAAGGCAAUUCUCCAUGGGCCGUUUAACCCUUACGAACUGAAGUGUCAUAGUUUGACCAGAAUAUCCAAGUUCAGGUGUGUCUGGAUCGAGAAGGAGAGCAUCAACUCCGUCAUCAUCAGUGACGCCCCUGAAGACCUGCACCAGAGGAUGCUGGUGGCCGCAUCCCUGUCUGUGAAUGCCACUGGCUCGACCAUGCUGCUGAGAGAGACCUCCCUGAUGCCGCCCAUCCCUGGCCUCCCAGCUCUACUCAGCAUGCUCUUCGCACCUGUGAUGGAGCUAAGGGUUGCUCGGGAUGGGAAGUGCUACACCGGAGUCCUGUGUGGCUUAGGAUGGAAUCCAGCCACAGGGGCCCCCAUCCUGCCAGAGCACGACAUUGAGCUUGCGUUUGAUGUUCAUUUCAACGUGGAGGAUGUUGUUGAGAUUAAUAUUCUCAGGGCGGCUGUUAACAAGCUAGUAUGUGACGGCCCAAAUGGAUCUAAGUACCUUGGACCAGAGAGAAUCGCUCAGCUGCAGGAUAAUGCCCGUCAGAAGCUCUUAGGUUUAUUCUGUCAGUUAAAACCAAGAGAGAAGAUUAUUCCUAAGUGGCAUGAAAAGCCGUACGAGUGGAAUCAGAUUGACCCACAGCUGGUGAUGGAGCAGGCUGGCCGGGAAAGCAGCAGAGGGAAGAACACCUUCCUCUACCAACUUCACAGCCUGGCUGUGCUCAGCGCCUGA